AGAUCUCAUUCCCCUUCAUCUUCUUCGCACUCCAGACCCUCUUCUUCCCGUCUAUACCUGGUGAAAAAGCUUGAAGACGGUUUUCCCCAAAAUUUCCCUGCCCCGCAGUUCCCCUGGAUUUACAUCAUGUGGGCAGAAACCGCCUCCUUUCCUUCCCCACUCAUUGCGAAUUCGCCAACGAACUAUAGAAGCCAUAAAGACUAGAGGCUGAGAUCCCUCUACGAUUUUCCUCUGGCGAGCAAAAUCAUGGAAUCUGGUGGCUGUGACAAAAUUUUGCUCCGAAUCCCUAAAUUCUCAAUUCAACUUCCUUAUCCAAACUCAUGGUCAUGGGUCCUUUCUUCUUCGUUUUCUUCCUUAUUUCAACAAAUCAGAAUCAAUUACCCUUUUUUUUUCCGCUACGAUCUCAAUUCAUGGCAUCGCCAAGGUUGGAGCCGACUUUGAUCUACUGGAUGAAGAAGGUCGAGGUGGAUUCUCAGAUCCAACGGAUAUCGGGGGGUUUUAGCACUGGCUGCAUGGAUCUGAUUACGGGAUGCGAUCUCUUAAUAGCAUUCCAAGGUUUUGACUCCUGGUGGUCUAGGAGAUGAUAAGGGGUUAGAUCUUGCUACAGUGGGUUAGAUCUUGCUACAGUAAAAGUGUAAGACUGUUCUGCCUUAGCUCUGGUCUUACCUCUAACUUAGAUUUACUUUUUUUUUUUUGGGUGAAGUCAGGUUUGUAGAGAUCCGGGACCUGUUGUGAGGGAGCUUAUGUCCAAUUUCGAAGAUGUUUACGGAAAAGGUAUAUAUCUUUCAAUUGUGUCUUUUCUAUUGGAAGUAAGUUAGGCUUAUGUUUUUCAAUUGUGUCUUUAUGUUUUCUUGUGUGAUUUCUCUGUCAAAGUGUCAAGUCUCCAGCUUGCCCAAUUCUGAAAAAAAAAACCCCACUUGUUCUUAGACAAUAAUCUCUGUCAAAGUGCUGCUUUUGGUUCCAUUUCCAUAAUUUGGUGUUAGCUUGGCUUUGGUGUACUGUCCUGCCAGCCACCAAAUUUAAAGUGCGAUAUCCCUGAUCCUCCCGGUUUCGCUCGUGCCUCUAUAGAUCAGGAUGAUUCUGCACUGUGUAAGCAAAAGAAGGACGCUGAGGCUAAUUGGAAAUCCCAGGUUCUGUUGAAAGACAGCCUUUGAGGAAUGCAAGCAAGGAUCACCUGAGAUUGCUCCAAGGAUUUCAGGUAGUCCUACUACCCUUUGUUUGGCCUUUUGUUAUUCAAUUGUGUUAAGGCAUAAUGAAUGGACAGCAUGAAAUGGUAAAACUAAUAUCCAUACAUAUAUGUGAACAAAGUUUAUAUUUCCUCCAAUACAUUUCAUUCUGCAAUUCUAUUUAUAAUUCCAUGUGGUAGGGUGUAAUGGUGUAUGAACCAUGAGCUGUAUAUAUGCAAUACAAUACAUGCCAAAAAUAAUGUUUUGAGAUAUGCUGAAAUCGUUAAUGGU